AUGUGGACCAGCAAUCAGAGUUUGCUAGAUGAUUUCAUUUUAUUAGGAUUUUCUGACAGACCUUGGUUAGAGACACCCCUCUUUGUAAUCUUUCUGGUGGCCUACGUCUUUGCCUUAUUUGGAAAUAUCUCUAUUAUCCUAGUUUCCUGCCUCGAUCCCCAGCUUGAUAGCCCCAUGUACUUUUUUGUCUCGAAUCUCUCCCUCCUGGACCUCUGCUACACUACCAGCACAGUCCCUCAGAUGCUAGUCAACUUAAGGGGACCAGAAAAGACCAUUAGCUACGGGGGCUGUGUUGCCCAGCUCUACAUCUUCCUGGCCUUAGGUUCCACUGAAUGCAUUCUUCUGGCCAUCAUGGCCUUUGACCGAUUUGCUGCUAUUUGCAAGCCCCUGCACUACCCUAUCAUCAUGAACCACAGACGUUGCAUGCACAUGGCUGCAGGGACCUGGGUAAGUGGCUUUGCAAACUCCCUUGUCCAAUCUACUCUCACUGUAGUGGCCCCAAGGUGUGGACGGAGGGUGAUAGACCAUUUUUUCUGUGAAGUUCCUGCCCUUUUGAAGCUAGCUUGUACUGAUACGACUGUGAACGAAGCUGAGCUCAACGUUCUCGGAGCUUUGCUGCUCUUGGUGCCCCUCAGCCUCAUCCUGGGCACGUACGUGUUCAUUGCUCAUACAGUGAUAAAAAUCCGCUCUGCUGAGAGUCGCUGGAAGGCCUUUAACACCUGUGCUUCACACCUGCUUGUGGUUUUCCUGUUCUAUUUUACAGCCAUCACUAUGUAUGUUCAGCCCCCCUCUAGUUACUCCCGAGACAGGGGUAAGAUCAUGGCUCUCUUCUAUGGCAUUGUCACACCUACCCUCAACCCAUUCAUCUAUACCUUGAGGAAUAAGGAUGUGAAGGCUGCCCUGUGGAGGGCACUGACAAUGGAGUUUUGGAUCAAGACAAGGUGA